AUGGAUCAGGUGAAGUGGAACCCUGUUCUCUGUGAGGUUAUGGUUUACUUUGAGAUUGCUGAAUUGUUAUGGAAAGUUCCAAAACUUCCCAUAACAGUUGUGAAGUGGUUGGCUGGGUACUUCAUCAAUCUGAUGUUUCCUCGAGUUACAUUCACUCUUGGGGAGAUUAGCGAUGAAAAGGAAGUACAUCAGGAGAAAGUCAUUCAUUACACAAGGAAUCCCUAUAGAACCUGGUUGCAGAAGGAUGGCCUGAGGGUAACGGGAAUCGCUGUUGUACCUGUGGAUGAUGAAAGGAAGUAUACUCCCAAGGUGGAAAUUGUGGCAGGAGGCAUAAAUGAAGAUAAUAUCGAAUAUGAAUUUGUUGAAAGAAGAACGAAUUAA